AUGACUCUGCAAAGCUUCCUGAAAACCCUAAAGACAGCCAAACGAACAUACCCAUUUUCAGUUUACAAGCUUCUCAUCUAUUCUUCCUCUAUAAACCAAAGUCUUGAAUUUGAUUCACCCAAAAAACCUCUCUUUGAUCUCAAUCUCUCCACCUUUCGCCGUAUUCUAUCCGACCCUUUUAUCAAAUCCUGGAAAUGCGUCUCCCUCUUCCAUUUCGUCCUCGAAAACCCAUCUCUUUUCUCUUUUCAGCCUGAUCUCAACACUCACUUGUCUCUGACUUUCCGACUUUUGUCGGAGAGGAAGUUCUCGGAUGCGCUUAAACUCUUGAAACCCGUGGCGGUUGACGACAUUCUCAGGUACCCUUUUCUCGCCAUCGCCUCUACCGUCGUUGGCCAAUGCGGUUUCGAGACCAAACUCGCUUCGAGGUUCUUUAAUUCGAUGCUCAUGGUUUAUUCAGACAACGGAAAAUUCGAUCAGGUUGUCGAGGUUUUUGAGUAUAUGAAGAACAAUGAGGUUAAGAUUGAUGACAAGACUUGUACUUUGCAUCUGCUAAAUCUUAAGAAAAGUCAUCAGGUGGAAUUAGCUUGUGAUUUCUUUCGUCUAAUGCUUGGCUCCGGGACAGAUGUUGUAUCUGUGUACUCUUUAACGGUCCUUGUUUCCGCCUUGUGUUGCAGUGGAGAGGUCCCGAGAGCAAGAGAAUUGGUGGAGGGGACAGGGAUUAAGCCUAAUAUUGUUACAUUUAAGUCCAUGAUUGAUUCUUGUGUCAAGAGAUGGAAUUUUCAAGAGUUGGAUUUGAUUCUUAAUCUAAUGGACAAGGAAAGUGUGACUCUUGAUCUCGAUAGUUACAAGGUUUUGAUCGACGGUUUCACUAGCUACGGCAAGCUUGAAGAAGCAGAGAGGUUGGUUUCCACAAUGCACGAUAAGAAGCUAAGAGUGGAAACUUAUCUGUAUAAUUUGAUCAUGAAUGGCUACUCUCGAUUCGGACAAGUGGAGAAAGCAUUUGAACUACAAAGCAAAAUGAGUUCCCGAGGUGUUACUCCGAAUGGGGAUACGUAUUGGGGGUUGAUGAAUGGACUCUGCAAAGCUGGAAAAGUGUAUGAAGCCAUGAGAUUGUUGAAGGAGUUGCGUCUAAAUGAGUUUCAGAUCGAUGAAGCAAUGUAUGUUAUAUUGACUGAAGGGUGUUACAAAGCCGGAAUGAUAGAUAAAGCUUUGGAGGUGAUGGCUGAGAUGAUUAGGGAAGGAUUCAUUCCUGAUGCUACAAUAUUUGAAAAGUUAGCUGAUGCAUUGUUUGAAGAAAACAGGGCAGAGGCACAAAUGAUGGUUACAUUUGUGGUUAAGAGGGGCAUCAAACCAAAAUCUUGCUUUGAUUUGGUCCGAAAUAAAGAUGUGGUUGUUGGGGAGAAACAAUUGUCCACUGUCUUACUACCAAAGGAGUGA